ACUCCUCAGAGUCGUUGUUUCGAGUUAACGAUAAUCAAAGAAUUUCUCCUGGUACAGUCGUUACAGGUUACCUUUACGAAGUGGAGCACCAAUGUAAAAUAUAUGUUGGUUAAAUUGUUCAGUGGCUUGUUGUUAAGGGCUAAAUUUAGGCGGCAGACUACGUGUACUUAUGAAGGUUUGAUCUAACUAAGCUUUUCCCCGACUACGUUAGAGUUUAAACAGUGGUCUAUGCUGAGAGGACAUCUACAAUGGCUUAUUUAGCCUACUAUAAGAGUGCGCAUCCAAAGUUGCGUACACACACAUCGGACAUGGCCUCUCCAGAUGCUCUGCCUGAUUCAACACAGGAUCUUGAUGAGUCCUUACCAAAUUUGACGGCCGCAGCAGCAGAAGAUGAAGAACCCACCAGCUCUCCAGCAUCACCAGAGCAGGAGGUUGUUGAUGUAGAGUCAUAUCAGCCUUGUGUUGUGGAUCUCACCUGUGAAGAUGAAGAUGAAGUGGAUGUUGUUGAGGUUGUCUCUCAAGAACAACCAGUUAUUUACUUGGGGACUGAACAGAGAAGAAUAUCUUCAAGGAGGCGAAAUACAAGUGAUAAUAAUGCACCUCCUGAAGUUGAAGACCUAACUCGUCCAGAAAGAUAUAGUGCCAUUGAUGAUAGUAAUGACGAUAGUAACAAUAAUGCCAUAUCAGCAGAGAGGCAACAAAAUCAGUGGAAUUUCGAGCCUCCUGCUGUAGACUUUCAUAACCCAAACCUUUUGUUCGGGAACCUUCUUGAAGAUUUACCAGUGGCAACAGUUGAUGACCACAACCCACGCCCUAGACCGAACCUAUUUAUGCCACGGUUGCCGAGAGAAAUGCGCCUUUCCACGAGACGUCAACGAAGCAGAUCCAGAUCGCCGCAACUACCUGAUUAUCCUCGAGAUGCGCCACGGACACCUGAAUUCCUUCGAGACCUUGACGAGCUCAUGACAGAAGUAGAGAGUAGGAUGCCUCCACCUCGUAUCCUUGGCCAAGCAGAAAAUUCCCUCUCGGCAAAUCAAUUAAUAGCUCAGGAACACAGUAACAGAGUGGCACAGAUGACAGUCCCACAGGCACCUCCAAGUCCACCCCCACCAGAACAACCAACCAUCUCGUGCCUCGUUUGUUUAGACUCUUUAGCUACAAUACAAAAUACUUCACGUACCUUAUGCUCGACUGUGUGCGGUCACGUUUUCUGCUCAGCUUGUAUUGAAGAGGUUGUAAAACAGAGGAAACAGUGCCCAGUUUGCAGGAAAAAGUUAACAAAGAAACAAUAUCAUCCACUUUUCAUUUAAAAAAAAUCUUGUUUUCUCCGGCAGAAUGAAAGGAGGUAGUUUAGUGUAUAUAUUGAUCUCCUUCAACAUGUGAGUUUAUGUAACUCUUGUGUGAAAGAACAACAGUGUGUAACUUCUCGUGUACAUAAGAACCCAGUACUCCAGCUACCCCAUGUCAUGAUAGUGCAACAAGACAUCAUUCUAAUAAUGUAACAUAUUUAAGAGUGUGUGUGUAAAUCAUCUGUGUCAGUGUUAUAUAAUGUUUAGAAAAAAUCUUAGACUUGCAGUGAAGUAGCACAAAAGCAUCCAGAACUUUGAGCACAAUAAAUUCCAAGAAUUUUCUUUUAUAAGGAGUUUCUUAAAGAAUCUGUUGUUGAGAUUGUGCAUUUUAUUUUAUACUUGGCAAGAAUUUUUUCGACAAAUGUUACAGGAAUAAGGAAACAAAGGCAAAAAAAAAGUGAACUUUCAAUUAUUCAAGAGUACAUUGCAUUGAAUCACAAAAAGUAAAAUGUAAUUUUUGAGGAAAACUUAGCACAAUUCUUGCAUAUGUGGCUGGUGAUAUCUAAUGAAGAGGAGGAUGAGUAUAUGUGUAGAAUUACUUCUCUAACAUAUGCUGAUAGACACUGGUUAUGAUUGUUGCAUGGCGUGAAAAUUGCACAAUUCCAUCAUUGGUCGAGAUAUUACGGAUAGCACCACUAGAUAUGCCAGGAAAUUUAACAUGAGGUUAUGUAUUGUAGCUAUAGCUUCUGGAACUUCUUCAACUUCCUCUUGGGUAUGUAACUUGUAACCUUGAUAUUUCACUAGAUAAUUCCUGUGCUUCAUGUAUCAUUUAACAGUCAUUGAAACAUAAGUGUUGAAUAUUUGGGGUUUUGCUUGGUGAUAUCUUUACAGUAUAUUUUUUUAAGAGAAAGCAAAAGAGAGAGAGAGAGAGCCUGUACCAGUAAGUGCAGUUCUCUUUGGACACAGUACUACAUGUAUCAAAAUAUCACCCAAAAUUACCACAAAUAUACUUUUUGCAAUCAAAGCAGGGCAUUUAGUAGCCUAAAAUUUGGAGAGCCUUGGACCUAUUUAUAAAAAUUACAGGAGUCUCAAUGGAUUCUCAAUAGUUGAGGUAAAAAAUUAGGAUCCAUCAUGUUCUAUUAAACAAGUACAGUAUUUUGUAACAACAUAGUCAUGCAAAGCAGCAAAGAUGUGUUUUAUUAACGCUAACAAAAAUAGUGUAAACUUUUAAUCACAGAAGUGUACAGUACAGUAUAAGGUUAAGUGGGCACCAGUCUUGUCCAUCAUUCUGAAGUGAUGAAUUGGAUGAAGAUCUUCCCCAAAAGUUGCUGCUGUGUUGACUAGAUUGUACUUCACCUUCCCCACUCAAAGCAUCAAAGGACCAACAUUAUUGACAUUAAACAGGUUGGUUGUGAGUAAGUUCCUUUUGACUUUUUGAAGUUGAUCCUAAAUGAAUCUUGGGGAAUUGUAUGCCUUUAUGCAUUUCUUCAAUGGUCAUUGAGACACCAUAAUUAUAGGGUCCCUCAGUAAAACUUCCAUGUAUCCUGUCAAACCUGCAGAUUUAAACUUCAGUGCAUCUAAAAAAAAUUCUUGUGUAUUAGGAACCUAGAUCCCUAGGCUAUUGAAUGCCCUGCUCAAGGAUUUUAAGAUGGCAGUGUGUUUUUAUUCUUACUCCAUAAUAUAAUUUGGUAAAAAUAAACAUAGAUUUUAAAAAAAAGAUGUUGAUAUAUUGCCCAAUAUUUAUCCAUUCUUUUAACUGUGAUAAGAAAAAUUACAUUUUACAUACCUAUUAAAAUCUGACAUUGUAGCUAGUGAAGCUCUUGCUAACUAACCUGGGAAUGAGGGCUUUUAUACCAUCAUUUUAGUUAAUUAAACCUUACCCCUUAGCCAUGAGGUUUUUACUGAUUGGCUAGAACUGGAGAAGUAUUCACCAUUCCAACUAAUUUAUUUAAUACAGUAUACCGGGUAUGUACUCAUUAUUUAAAGUUCUUUCUGGUGAUCUUGUGUUGUGUCAUUAUUUUGGAGGUUAUCUUGUUGCAUCAGUUUACAUUGUUAAUAGUGAGUUAUUAAUGAGGAAGGUGUUUUCAAGCCAGCAACAAAAUUGACGUCACUAACACAACACAAGGUUAGUUAAGUCAGGACAUACUGUAUGCAGUCAAGAUAUGCAGUUACAUUAUCAAGUCCAAAUAGCCUUUUUAGAAUGUUCCUCAUGUACAGUAUUACGAACUUAAAUGCAGGGUGGCCAAAACCAAGAACAAACGUAUCACAUUCACUGUCACUCAUUCUCUCUGAUAGCACAUAUGUUCUGAUAUUGUGUUUUCCUUCUGCAGUUAAACCCCAAGACAUGAACCUUAUUGAUGCCAGGUAUCCAGUAAUUCAUGCACACUGCUGCUUCCUCAUAUAAAUCACAUGCAGUACAGUAUAGUAAGAUUAAUGUAUUGACAAAGUGAAAGUGGGUCCCAUCAGCAGUACAAAUACAGCACAUUGAAUGAAAGACUUAGUAAUACAAGGAGGUAGGUUAGGUAUUCAUUUACAGCUGGAUGGACAGUGUGCCCUGGGUACAAACCAGAAGCUUUUAGGACAUGAGGUGAGUGCUGUAUCCAGUUGGCUGGAGUAACCCAAAAAGUUAAACCUUGUAAACACAGAGAUAGUUGUCAAGGGUUUCCUAAUUAAUUCUGAAAAGUGUUAAGAAAAAAAGUGAUUACAUAGGGUACGUUGAAAAUUCUUAGCUUCUGAAACAAAAGAAAAUGCAUAAUGAAAGUGUAGAAUAAUAACAAAUCCCAUACAGUAGUAACAAAAAUCUGAUUAUUCAUUUAUUUUGGUAGAGCCCAUAAAAUUUAUUAUUUGGAAAUGAACUUAACUUAUCUCAACAUUUCACUUGCAGAUGUACACUCGCUACAUAAAGUAUCUGCAAAGUGGGGUCCGAUGGAUGUCAAAAUGAACACUGCGACUCCUGUUGUCCUGGUAGGGUUGUCAAAAUCCUUCUUCCAUUGUCAUAUUGUCUAGAAAAAAAUUCUGAAGAUACUUUUUGUAGUGAGUGUACAGACUAUGGGAUUAUUAAUAAUGGUCAUUGCAACUUCUAAGUUAUGAAGCCAUUGUGGGUGAUUUCAGGAGGCAAAAUCAGUUCAAUUCAAUAUUGGGGAUACACUGCUGAUUACAAACCAUGAGAUACUAUACUAGGGGUUAUUUAACAUUGUAAAUUGAUAUUACAGUUCUUUGAUGUCAUCAUUUAUUAUCAGUGAUUCUGUCAAAUUACAUUAUUUCCUCUACUUUGGAAAUGUUCUUUUUUUAUUAUUAUUUAUCAAGAUCAUUACAUAACUACUCAAUUUAAUUUGUCUGUACAGUAGCUAAAAAAGUAUCUGACAGGGUGGGUCCGAUGACUUCCGAAAUUAUACUUCCAACUCGUUAUGUCUCGGCAGGGUUGGUACGAGUGUCUUCACCCACCGCCAUUCAGCAUCCAACACAGGGAGUGAGUUGCUGUAUAGGAAUAAAAUAAACGGUUAAGUGUUUAUUAUCACAGAGUGUAAGAAGACAACACGCUUAUCCUAAUACCAAUCGUCCGUGGUCUCUUGUUGUUUCACAUAGCAUGCACAGAUACUUUUUCUAGCUACUGUACAUACUGUAUUGAUGUGAAGAAAUUGUGGUACAGUACUGUAAUUGAAAUGUGAACAAUGUGACACUAAUUAUUGAGCAGAGACCCCAGUUGUAUUAUGAAGUUGGACCAAACCAUGGCAGAUAAUAAGCAGUGAAAUAGUACAUAACUUUAUUCAGUAUUGUAUGCUUGAUAACUUUAUAUUUACAUGAAUGAAUACCUUCUAUAAUAAUGAUUUUUGGUGAUAAAAAUAUGUACAGUCCUCCUGCCAAAAAGUGUAGUUACUUUUUCCUUCUGUACAAUUUGAAACACUGGACAAAAUGCUUUGAUGUAUUUUCCAGCACAUCAUUAUAUGUUGGUAUGCCUGCUCCCCACGUCGGUAACAGUACAGUACAGUAUUCAAAUAUACUGUACACACCCUACCGGAUGUGUAUAGUAAUUAUAAAAUAUCUGCAGGAAUAAAACUUUUGAGUAAAUUA